UACAUGAAAUGAAAUAAAUAACUGCGACUUACUAUACACGUGUAAAUUUGUCUCUCGUUUGACGUACGGAAUUUGAUGUUUUCUGUGUCAUUGAACGAAACUAAAAAAGUCUGUAAAAAUACUACUUUUGACAAAUUAAUUCACAAUUAGUUUAAAUCUUUCAACUGGAUAUUAAUUAAUGUCAAAAUGUAUUGCAACCCAGGUUUGUGUUCUGUUGUAGUACUUUUACUAUUUGCAGCACCAUGUUCCUAUGCAGUAAAAUGCUACUUAUGUGAUGGAUGGGUGGUCAGCGCGUGUAACGAUGGAGACGCACAGAAUAUGUCAGAUGGUGCGGUCACCGUGCAAUCUGGAUGUGUAGGCUGCCUUAAAAACAAAACCGACAACUAUGUAAUUCGGUCGUGUUCGUUACAAGUUGUAGCUGGUGAAUGCACAGACCACGAUGUUAGCAAGACAGAUAUUCUAUGCUAUUGCGAGGAUCAUCUCUGCAACAGAGCAACCAUGAUUGUGAAUUGUGUUACUCCCUUUUUUCUGUUUUUGUGGGUGUUGUGUGUAAAGCGGUUGUUUGUUGAUUAAAUCCACAUCAG